AUGCUUACAAACCCAACAACUCUCCCUACAAUGAACAUGUUGAUGUCGUAUGCUGUUCUCAGUGGGGGUUUCCUGCAGAUGAAUGGCCCCCAAAGGUUCUCGAAAAUGCUCUUCUCCAUUCUGUGCUGUCCAUUUCCGAAUCAGGGCGCAUCACCCAGCAUGACUUUGAUGCCUUCCAGGCCUCAUGGGUUUGGGUUUCACCAUGUAUUCCUUCAAUCAUUCAAAUUCCUCCUCUUGACGAUGAUAUGUCAGACACUUCUGAAUUCCACAUCUGCUGUUCAGUCCAAGGUUGACCACUCUCUACCCAUUCAAGAACGGUCUUGUUCUAUUCCACCCAUCCAAGAACGUUCCACACCAGUCAUUGAGUCCAACCAUUCUACAUCCAUUCAAAAACGGUCUCAUUCUAUUCCACCUGUCCAAGAACAUUCCACACCAGUUGUCAAGUCCAACCAUUCUACACCCAUUCAAGAAUGGUCUCGUUCUAUUCCACCUAUCCAAGAACGUUCCACACCAGUCAUUGAGUCCGACCAUUCUACAUCCAUUCAAGAACGGUCUCAUUCUAUUCCACCUGUCCAAGAACGCUCUUACAUGCCCACUGUUCAGUCCAACACUGUCAACUGCUCCAGUCCUACCAUGCCAAUCACCCAUUCCAAAUCUGUUGCUGUUACCUUCAGUACCCAGGAGACCUUUCACACUGCUCAGAGUGGCCAAUAUGGAAGUCCAUCCAAGGUGUCUAUGGCAAUCCAGACAAUGCCUGAACCCACAAAAGCUCAGCCUGUGCCUACAGAUGGUCAGCCUGAGUCUUCUAAGAAGCCCAGCAGUAAAAAGCACAAAAGUGACAGGUCAUAUCAUGUACCAUGGAAACGGAAACGCAUUAGUAGGCCACAUAUACAACAGAUCAAGGUGACCAAGGAGGAAACAGCCCAGUUUUUCCUCACUGAAGAUGCCAUUGACUCUUGGCUGGAUGUCGGUGAGGUGAAUAUGUUGCUGGUAGACUAUGAAAAGCUCUCUCCAGAGCCAUCAGCAGGAUCCAAGCUUGUUUACAAUGUCCAACUGCAUGUCACUGGAGAGGAUGCUCCUAUAGCGUUCCAGUUCCCCCACUAUAAGGAUUCAGCAUCAUACAAUUCUUUCAUUGGUCAUGGAAACCCAUUCCUGUUCAACCCAGGAGCAUUCCAGGAAUUUCUGGAUUAUGGCAAUCCUGUCCUAUUUCAAGUGGCUCUUUGUUUAGAUUCUGAUGAGGAUCAGCAAUCAGAGGUUGUUAUGAGGCAUGCAGCACAUGAGAUGUGCCAGUGGGAGACCUCCCAGCCAUUGAUCAUUGAGCAUGCCCUGGGGGUUGGAAGUCAUUAUCAACCUGUUGAGAAGCUCCUCAACACCCAUGAGGUUGGGUUAGCAGACUAUUCCCUGGAAGAAUGUCCCAUCAAAGUCAAGGAGUGGCAAGGACCAAUGAUCUCCUCGGCUGGGUCUGUGCACCCACCACAUCAGAAUCCCAACAGUAUCAGCAUCAGCAUUUGCUGUAAAGUUAUAGUUGACUUCAACGAUGUGUUGGAUGACAAGGAUGUAUCCUGCCCCCUUGGUUAUGAGUAUCUAUAUCAACCUCCUCAUCGAUUUACUUCAUUCAUUCUUUCUGCAGGUCAAACAGUUGUCUUCCCACCUGGGCAAAUUUAUGCCUAUGCAACCAUUUCCAGCGAUCUUUCUGUGAGCCCUGGAUGUUACAGGAAUGGGUUCUGGGGAACCCAACCUGAGCCAUUCUGCUCAUGGACGGAGGUGGCUGCAUAA